AGGCUAUCGGCUCAUUGUUGGUCUUGCAGCCACACGGAACGCACCCGGACGCCGCGCCCCUCGCCUGCCCUGCGCUGCCUUGCGCUGCGCCGAACAAGCCACUCUGGGUAGAAAAUUAUCACCUCCCAGACACGUUGAGGCUAUCCAUCUGCUGCGGCUUGGAGGAAUUGAAUGAAAUAACCACUUUUGGAGAGGAGACGCGGCGAGUCGCUCUUGUUUUAUUUUUUAACUGUGAUUGGGACAAUAUCUCACACUGAUAAAUGUAAAGAUAAAGAGAGAAGGAUUUCGACAGCUCGUUCUCUCGUGACGGGAAAUGAUCGUUAGCGAAAGUGGUUAUUACGUCGAUUUUAAAGUGCAGUGAAGGCUCCUCCUCCUUCUGCCCCCCCCCUUCCACUUCCCCCUCCAAGAGCUCGGGAUCGCACAGGAAGACGUGGAAUUAAGAUAGAAAGUAAAGAGAAGGAGUCGGUGAAAAUAACCCAAAAUAAAAUUCAAAAAAUAUGACCGUGUGGCGGACAGGACGCCGAACAGUGUCAUGAGCGAACACUGACUUUUCAAUGGUGACAAGUGACACCUACACAGGAAGCUUUGAACGCCGGAUGAUGAAGGGGUGCCAUUAAGUGCCAUAUGUACUGGCGACUCGGGUGAGAAAUCCUUCACCCCCUCUCUCCCCCCACCUUCCCUCACUACCUGUGCCACAGUGCCGCAACCCCUUCACUCCUCCGCUCCCCUCGCGCUCAGCAUGAAGACCCUUCUCUUGGCGACUGUGGGCGUGCUCUGUGUGGUGGGCGUGUCCAGCUACAGCGAAGACCCGGUGCAGUACCACAUCCAAACGGACGAUGGAUCCGAGCGAUACUUCAGGUACCAGACCUACGACGGCCAGUACCGCAAGGAGAAGCGGCUGGACGAUGGCACGGUCAUCGGCACAUACGGCUGGGUGGACGCCACGGGCCUCCUGCGCCUCUACGACUACGUCGCCGACCUCAGCGGCUACCGCAUCGUGCGGAAGAAGACACUGAAGAUGGCCCAGCAGCCGCGAGCGCCGGUGACCGAAGCCCCUGUGAGGAGAAAUCCUUCUAGGCCCUCCUCCUUCAGAACGCCGAGUCGUGCGAGCGUGAGGGAUCAGCCAGGGUUGUCCGUGUCCGUGGUACGGACCCCCACGCCCAAGCCCUCGUACACCCUGCAAAGGACCUCCCCGAUCAGACGACCUCAGGCGCCGAGAGGAACAGCUCCCACCUCAGACUCCGCCGACGCCCCUUCGCAGGGCCUUCCCCUAGGAGAGUCUGGGAGUGAGGCGCAGCCAGACCCGGCCACCGUCGGCGACCCCACAGGUAACCCGGCAACCCACGCAAACAGAGGACACGGUGGAACAGCAACCAAACUAACCAGCCACACGACAGCAACACAGGCCAGUGGUGAGGCGGGGACACUAACUCGUAGGCCAGUAAGAGUGGGGAGUUCCUCUCCUCGCCGGCGAACACAGAGCACGAGGGAGCACCUUGUCCAGCGAACGGGUGACCUAUUAAUCGAAAGGACACGUGACCUGGUGACUGAACGACCUGGUGAUAAGGUGACGGAAGCACCUAUUAACGGUCCUAUUAACAGACGCCUGCCCGAAGCAGGAACUUACAGCAUCAAUUACGAUCUGGGCAAUCAGUUCCACAAAGAAAAGAUUUUGCCGGACGGAACGAAAGUCGGCAAACACGGCUACGUAGACCCACUGGGAAUCCUCCGAGUGACCUACUACACAACGGGACCGAACGGCCAUCAGCAGAGUCAAGAGAGCAAGUGGGUUGGUACCCGCGACCCCUAUCAGGAAUAAAAAAAAAAAAAACUCUUUUUCUUAUGUAGAAUUAAGUGAGUUUCUAAAGUGUUGAGUGUGAGUUGGUGAGAUUGUAAAGUGAUGGAUAUGAUGGUUUGUAUUUGGAGUGUAUUGAGCAGGUUGAUAUUUUUUGAGAGGAAGUUAGUAAGGAGCAGAGCCAAGAAUGCGAGCGAUUUUGUGCUGUAUCCGCAACCCUUAUCAGGAUUAAAAACACUUAUUAUUAUCAGGUGAAAUUAAUGAGCUUACAAAGUGCUGAUUGCAAAGAUAUAUAUAUAUAUAUAUAUAUAUAUAUAUAUAUAUAUAUAUAUAUAUAUAUAUAUAUAUAUAUAUAUAUAUAUUGAAAGUUUACCGCAAGUGUGUAGAGUGCUUUUCCAAGAAAGAAAAGAAAUAAGUGUACCAGUGAUAAUUUUUCCCGGUAUCAAAAAUGCUUCACUUGUGAUGCUUUAAUCUAAUGAUCUUUUAAGGUCAUUGAUAUUUUAAGCAGUGACUGUUAUAAUAAGCAAGUGUAAUAUAAUGUGCUAUUCUCUUUUUUUGAGGUUGGUAUUCUUUAUUGUGAUGAGUCUUACUUCUCGUAUUAUGGACGUUAAGUAUUAAUUUGAAGGAAUUGAUACGUUAUGGCACUGUGGCCAAACGAAGAGAUAAAAAUGAAAAUAAAAGAAAUGUGUAUGUGGAAUAAUAUGAUAUUUUGUGAAACGUAGGCCCUCCCCCCCCAACUAUUCAACUAUUUUGAAUCAUACAAUUAUCAUUUCCUGUUCUUUGACGUUUCUACCAUAAAUUCAUCUCGAUUUUUAAAGAAUAUCUUCGAAAGAGAUACGUGCAAGAACACAUUUACAGUUUUGCUUGAUUGCAGAAAGAAAUUGUGCUAUUAUUAUUAAUUUAUUUAUGAACCAGUUUAGAACGCUUUUGUCGUUAGUUUAGCGAAGUUUACCCACAGUUCAUCAGCCAAGCCAUGUACUCUCUUUUUGGAAGUACUAGUACGGACGUAAAACAAAGUAGCAUAUUUUUUUAGACCUAGUUUUUAAGCUAUUAACUUAUCCUCUUUUAUAGGACUGAUACAUUAUUUUUUCUUUUUCCUUCAGAGAAUAUUCUCUUGAAGGUUAUAUCAUGAGUAAAAAAAAAGUAUUAUGCCGGUAUCCUGUGGUAGGGCAUUUCCCGUGGCAUAAUUUUCUACUGAAUAAAUGAAUUAGUGCAGGACAGGAUUUCUGUAAUUAUGAAACAACAUUUUUACUCUUUCACAUACUCCAGCAUUAGAAUAGCGGUGUAAACACAGAUAACAGUACAAUUAAACCAUUUUAUAUGUGCCAUUUUGACCAUCAACAGAUUCAUAAAUGUAUUAGUCAUAAUCAACUAAAAUUCCCUGCUUGUCAAUAAUAGACGGAGAAUGAUCGUCUUCUGUCUCCGUGGGUUGUAAUGAACAUGAAGUACACCUUUUUUUUAAUGUGUAUUUUGCAUUUUGGUUUCUGUAAUGUGAUGUAACUAACCCGUCCUUUGUCUUUCUGUGUGACAAUGCCUAAGUAAGGUUAGGUAUAUAUUCUCGAGUGACUCUGAUAAUGCCCGAGUGUAGACUAGCUUUAAAGUAUACUACAAUGUAUGGUUUCGUGUAACAGACUAGAAUGUGUGACUAACAACUGAACAGAAAGCGCGGAUAUUUAUAUAUUUCGUAAACUGUUUUUUUUUGGGGGAAAUUAUAAUGGUUGUAGCAUUAUAAACUCAAGAAGUGAAAAUAUUCCCCGUAAACAAAGCAUAGCAAUUUUAAAGUAUAAAUGUUCGCAUCUAACCUAGGAAGUCCCUGCAAGAAUCUUCUCUUUGUUAGAAGUGUGCAAUACCAGUGUUUAGAAGAGGCUCACGUAUACUGUUAAAUAUUAAGUUGUUGAUAAGAAUACACUAUUUGAAUUCAGUCUGUUCCAUUUUGAGUGUUUAAAAAGUAUGUUUUUUUCCAGAAUAAUUCUAAUAAAGAAAAUCUUUGGUGAUACUUAAUUGGUGCGUAGCGGUAAAAAGCCUCAAAUUAUGUAUUUAGAAAAUUAUAUAAAGAGAAAGUAUUUAAUAAAAAAUGAAUUAUCCUUAUUAGCUUAAAUGCAUUCCGAAAUUCACGCGAAAUUAAAUAUAUUAUCACUUGUUCACUUGAUGUAGUCCCCAUACUGACGAAAUGGAUAUUUUUAAAGGUUCCAGUAGAAAGAAAUAUAUUUAGCGGUAAAAGUUUACUUACUGACAAAAGGCCAUUUUUUUAAGAUGGUUAAUAUUGAGGGGAAAAAGUCAUGAACACAGUUUAUAGAAUGGUAAAUUGAACGAGAUUUUGAAUGAAUGCAUCAACGGUUUCCGUGGAAAUAUUUUAAAAUCUGAAUUAAAAAUAAAAUAUAAAUAAGAUAAAACAGAUAGCAGUUAAAGAUUGAAGUUUUGCAUAUUUUCUCAUCAGAAUGAAUCGGUAAUGGUGAGGUAGAGAGUAAAAAGUGAAAAUGUAAUAUUUUGAUUAAUGAGUCGGGAGUUAUAUAUUAAUGACAAUUUUGUAGCGUGGAGGUGAGACUGCAUUAAUUGUAUCCAUUUUGAUUAAGAGAAGGGAGAAAGUUUAUCAUGACAGAUUUAGAAAACUUGUAAAUGAGGAUAAAUAAUUCCACAAAAGGUUGAAUUAAUAUUUCGACAUCAACAUUUAAAAUCACGUAAUUCUAGCACUGUGGAAUUGUUAAUUCUUUCAUAUCUUUUUUCUUUUCUUUAAAAAGAUUGAAAAAAAAAACAAAAAAAGUCUGCAUAGUUCCCAUGUCAAUAAUUAUUAAUGAAAUUAUAUUUUUUACUUUCCUAUGUUAAUUUUUUAAAAGAUGGAUCUCGCAGUAAUACAAAUUUUAGUUUAUUGGUGUCAGUGUGCGAAUUUUACGAAAUGACAUUAGAUUUAAAGUAUUUCUACAAUUCUGAUUCAAAAUACAAACAAUCUUUCACUACCAAUAAUAAUAAUAAUAAUAAUAAAAGGCUUUUCAUAAACGCUAAAACUAUUUUUCUCAUGCUUCGAUGUAAUACGUUGACAUACUUUCAAGAAUGCUACAUUUGGAAAACAAAGAAUGAAUAAAUAAAAUAACAGCAAUAGAUAAAUGAUAAACAGUCUAACUGCUAUAACAGACAAGGUUUAUAGAUCCAGGUGAUAGUGAGUUCACGUAAUGAUUAAACUAAUGCAUUCAAAGAUCUGUGUAGAUUAGUUCUCGCAGGUGUCAGGCAGGUAACUACACGUUCACCGUAACCAUUUUAAUGAUUGUACUAACUCUGUGAUAAUUACUGGCGUUAACUAAAAAUUGUACAAAGUAUUAUACCAAUAAAUCGUAAAUACAUAUGAAAA